AAAUUUGAUACGUUACUGGUCUAUAAGCGGAAGAGUGGGAACGGCAGUGGGGUCCGUCGUAAAAAAUGGCUUUACUCGCGAGAAACGUCUGCAAAUUAUUUUCGCAGACUGCCCAGAAGGGAUCUAUUAGGGCACUGCAUGUAGGAGCAGUACGUCAACAAGAUACUGCAAUUGAACAAGAAGGAAAAGUAAAAUGUACCCUCAUACCAGGAGAUGGUGUUGGACCAGAAUUAGUGGUCUCGGUGCAAAGUGUUUUCAAAGCUGCCAAUGUACCGGUUGAAUUUGAGCCAUACUUCCUUUCGGAAGUAAAUCCAACAUUAAGUGCACCACUCGAACAAGUGUCCAAUAGUAUUGCAAGGAACCGUGUAUGCUUGAAGGGAAUUCUAGCAACACCGGACCACUCCAUGACCGGAGAGCUCCAAACAUUGAAUAUGAAACUACGUAAAAGUCUGGACUUGUAUUCAAACGUAGUACACGUAAAAUCAUUGCCUGGAGUUAAAUGUCGUCAUAAGAAUGUUGAUUGUAUUAUCAUCAGAGAACAAACGGAAGGAGAAUACUCUGCACUCGAGCAUGAAUCUGUGAAAGGAGUGGUAGAAUGUUUGAAAAUAGUCACUGCCACUAAAAGUCAAAGAAUAGCAAAAUUCGCGUUCGAUUAUGCCAUGAAACACAAUCGCAAGAAGGUCACUUGCGUUCACAAAGCCAACAUUAUGAAACUUGGUGAUGGUCUAUUUUUAAAAUCGUGUCAAGAAAUAGCCAAAUUAUAUCCUAGGGUUAUAUUUGAAACAAUGAUUGUGGACAACUGUACUAUGCAGAUGGUAUCCAAUCCACAUCAGUUCGAUGUAAUGGUAUUACCAAAUUUGUAUGGUAAUAUUGUAGACAACCUUGCAUCUGGACUUGUCGGCGGUGCUGGUGUAGUCGCGGGUGCCAGUUAUAGUCCUGAGUGUGUUGUUUUUGAGCCGGGUGCGAGGCACACAUAUUCAGAGGCUGUUGGUAAAAAUGUUGCAAAUCCUACUGCCAUGCUUCUUUGCGCAGUAAAACUUCUGCGUCACGUUAACUUGUCACGCUAUGCUGAACAAAUUAGGGAUGCGUUGAACCGCGUCUUGAACGACGGAAAAGUUUUAACAAAAGAUUUAGGUGGACAAAGUUCUACAACAGAUUUCACGAAUGCUGUAAUAACUUACCUUCGUUAAAUUGUUACUAUUGUAUGAUCUCUGUUAAUGUCUGAGAGACUCGUGUAACAUAGAAUGUUAUAGAAUAGGCACAUCGUGCUCUCUGUGCAUUAUAAAAAAAGGUAAAUACGAUCAUGUCGAAUUGUACAGUAUUAUCCGAGCACAGUCUAUACCUAACUUAUCUGUUUUAAGUUAAUAUUUUAUUUAAAUCAAUUGUAUUCUGUCAACAAAAUUGUUGUACUAAUUCAAUCUAUAUUGUAUUUAUGGUCAAAAUUGUAUUUGUUAGACAACAGUGUACCAGUCGUAUGAUAACAAUGUAAUACUCAAAUUGUACAUUAAUAAAUUGUAUUACCUUGUACUUAUCUUAAUA